AUGGCAAAAGCCAAAUGCACUUGCAGCAUGGCGGCCAAAGCCAUUCCGCAUAAGAACUGUACAUUAGGGAUUGUGUUCUCGCUUCUAGCCCUCACUAUAGUCGUAGCCGUAGAAGAACGAUUUGAAGUGACAGCCGCAACGGGAUCUUCUGAAGCAGAUGAUGUGCUGUUGAUAGCAGAAAGCAGAAAUAGAACCAGUAAGAGUCGUACGAGCUGA